AUGACGGAACAGCUUGAGCAGGCCAAAGUGGUUGUUCGAGAUUUCGUCCUGGAGAUGCGCAUGGGUCGACGCAUGAUGGUGUUGUCACCCACUGGCCAGCUGAAGGCAACUACAUGUAGCUUGAACAGCGAGCUUUGUGUCUUGCGGAUCACGCGGGCGAGCCAGGUCAGGCGUGUAUGGCUGAAAAACAUUGCAGGCAUAUAUGCGGGACAGGAGCCGGAGGGCCUGCGUACACCAUUGGAUGACCUGUGCGCCACCAUAGCGAUCAAGCCUUCCGGCGAGAUGAUCACCUUCCGCUUGGAGCACAUUAACGCACGUGAUACUUUCGUCAUGUGUAUGAUGUUGUUCGCACAGUCGCAGGGUGCUGAGAUGGUGGGCCUGUCGCAAGAAGGCCCUGACGAGGAAGAUGACGGAGAGGACUUGGUGGUGGAGGAAGCAAGGCUUUCUUCGGCAGUGGGAUCGCAAGCGUGA